AUGAAAGAGAAAGGGAAUCGCUUACAAUUUCACUUGCUUCUUCAGUUUAGUCCGAAACCCUCGCGGGUGGUUGCUUUGUUGGAUGCUUUAAUUAAGGCUGUAGAUGGGAAGAAAAUGAAGACGACAAACGGGAAAUUGUGGGUUGGAAUGAGUAUGGGUAGGAAUAAAAAGAGAGUUGAACAAGAAAGGAAAACUAUAGCUAAUGGGGAUGAAGUGACUACACGUGAAGAUUACCCAACAGCUUCAAGAGAAUUUUUAAAACCUUAA